ACGGACCAGCACAAGUCAUUGUGGCACCCAAUUGUACCAUCGUCCAAUAUUUGCUUGUCCGACUGUGUGCGGCGGGCAUGCGCACGUGUUAACAUGGCUGCGAUUAAGUUAUUUUCAAAUAAUUUGAAAAUUAUUAAAGGAAGUGUCCCCACUUUAAGCCUAAUUAUCCAGAAAAAUGGCAUGUCGCAGUACCCAAGUUAUUACAUACAGCCGGUCUAUAAGAAGGAGGUUCAAGAAGAGUUGGCUAAAACCGGCGAGGCCCAGAAAUUGACCCACAUGCCCACGAGGGCAGCCCUCAAUAACCAGACUUGUUCGCACACUCAGGAUGACUUAGUCAAUCUUUUCACCAAUUAUGUCAUGAAGGACGGGCUCAAACCCCUGGCUAGGGGGUUAAUAGAACAGGCGUUUGAAAACAUCAAGAGAAUCCAAUUGGAGAAGUACCACAAGUGCCAGGACCCCGAAAUCAAAGCCCAGAUUGAGUUGGACCCUCGUGCGAUUUUCCACAAAGCUGUGGAGAAUUGUAAGCCGAUAAUGAACCUAACACCCAUAAAACGUGGGGGUGUUAGGUAUCAAGUCCCAGUGCCAAUCACGCCAAAGCGGAGCCAGUUCAUGUCGAUGAAGUGGCUCAUAGCGGCGAGCAAAGAGAAAGAUAAGAAUGUCAGGUUCCAUUAUCAGCUAGCGCUGGAGCUAAUUGACGCCGCAAAUAAUAAAGGAAGAGUAGUUAAGCGGAAACAAGACUUGCAUAAGCAGUGCGAGGCCAAUAGGGCUUACGCACAUUAUAGAUGGAGCUAAACUUAAUAAACACCUCGUAAAUUA